CGUUCGGUUCGGGGCAUCGGGUGGCGGCACCCCGAGCCGCCGGCCGAACGCUUCGUCACCAGCCGGCGCCGCCUCAUGCACGCGCAGCCACAGGCCACGGCCGCGCGCUGCCGGCGAGAGAAUAUAUAAGGGCCACUGCUCUGCGCAGCCUCGCCUUCCAUUUUUAUUCUCAGCUCGCCGCUCGGCUCGCGCAGGGCCCGUUCCGUGAUCGAGCGAGCGAGCCUAGCCUACGACGACGACCUGCACGAGAAAAAAAAGGAGAGGAAACCAGGGCGAGUUCUCGGAUCGGGCGACGGCGACGCCAUUGGCUGGCUGGCUGGCUAGUCGUUCCGGCCUUUUGCAUCCUCACGCUAGCUUGCCGAGACACAGUAAACUAGUUGGGUGCACGGUUGCUUUGCGUGAGCGCGCGGCACGGCACAGCAGGCCGGCCGGGGCAUGAAGGGCGGCGCGGGAGACAAGGCCGGGAGGGGCGGCGGCAGGCUGCCGCAGCAGGCGCCGCCGCCGCUGCGGCUCGAGUCGCGGCGGUUCAGGCUGCUGUCCAUCGUCGUCGGGUGCUUCGUCUUCUGCCUCGUCUUCCUCCUCUCUUCCCGCCCCGACGCCACCGCCUUCGACACCGUGAGCCCCAGGGCGUCGCUGGAGGGCGCGCGCCGCCGGCCGGCCGCCGUCAAGACACUGCGAACCGCCUCCUCCGCCGGCUUCGGUGGGGAUUUUCAUGUGGACAUCCUGCCGCAGCAGCAGGGGGGCAGCGCCGAGCAGGGCGGCGACAAGACGGCCACAGAAUGGGUCAGGGACACGGUGAUCGUGGAGGAGAGGAGCGACGCCGAGGUCAGCGAGGCCGAGCCGGAGGAGGCCGAGCGCGACCGCAACGGCAAUGCCGCUGCCGCCGUCGCCUCCAACUCCGACGACCAGCCAGCGCCAGCUGUCGAGACGAAGCAGGCCCAAGACGACGCCGUGGUGACCACGGCCGCCGCCGCGACGACCACCGCGCAACCCGCUACGGAGAAGACGGCGACUGAGACCGACCGGCCAGAGGAGAAGGCGCGAGCUGCCGGCGGUCAGAGCAAGCUCCAGGAGCAGCCAGCUCAGCAGCGGCAAGAGGAGCGCCACGAGCCAGCACAAUCCGGCGGCGGGGACCACCACCAGCGGCCGCCGCUGUGCGACUUCUCCGACUUCCGCAGCGACAUCUGCGACCUCGCCGGCGACAUCCGCCUGGACGCCAACGCGUCGGCGUUCGUCGUCGUCGACCCGGCGAUCGGGGCCAGUGACGGAGGCCAGUUGCAUAAGGUCCGGCCGUACCCGCGGAAGGGCGACGAGACGUGCAUGGGCCGGAUCACGGAGAUCACGGUGCGUUCGACGGGCGACGACGCGGCGCGGUGCACGCGGGCGCACUCCGCGCCAGCGGUGGUGUUCUCCAUCGGCGGGUACACGGGCAACAUCUUCCACGACUUCUCCGACGUGCUCGUCCCGCUGUUCAACACGGCGCACCGUUACGGCGGCGACGUGCAGCUGGUGAUGGCGAACGUGGCGUCAUGGUGGCUGGUCAAGUACGACAAGCUCCUCCGCGAGCUGUCGCGCCACGCGCCGCUGGACCUCGCCAAGGCCGGGGCCGCCGGCGAGGUCCACUGCUUCGGGCACGCCACCGUGAGCCUGCGCGCGCACAAGGAGCUCAUCAUCGAGCGGGAGCGCAGCAUCGACGGGCUCGCGACGCCGGACUUCACGCGGUUCAUCCGGCGCGCGCUCUCGCUGCCCCGCGACGCGCCGACCCGGCUCGGCGACGGCACGGGCCGGAAGCCCCGGCUGCUUAUCAUCUCCCGCCACCGCACGCGGCUGCUCCUGAACAUCGACGCCGUGAUCAGGGCGGCGGAGGAGGUCGGGUUCGAGGCCGUGGUGAACGAGUCCGACGUGGGCAACGACAUCUCGGAGGUCGGGGCGCUGAUCAACUCGUGCGACGCGCUGCUGGGGGUGCACGGCGCCGGGCUGACCAACAUGAUGUUCCUGCCGCCGGGCGCGACGCUGGUGCAGAUCGUGCCGUGGGGAGGGCUGCAGUGGAUGGCGCGGGCGGACUACGGCGACCCGGCGGAGGCGAUGGGGCUCAGGUACGUGCAGUACGAGGUGGCCGUCGGCGAGACCACGCUCAAGGACAAGUUCCCGGCGGGGCACGAGAUCUUCACCAACCCGACGGCGCUGCACAAGAAGGGGUUCGGGUUCAUCAGGCAGACGCUCAUGGACGGCCAGGACAUCACCGUCGACGUCGGCAGGUUCAGGGAGGUGCUGCUCCAGGUGCUCAACAACCUCGCCCAGUAGAGAGCUAGCCGGCCGGCUUCCUGCGUGCCGAUCGAGUACAGAGCUACACAGUAUAUACACUACAGCCAUGUAUACGUACAUUUAUUUAGUUGGAGCAUGUAUCAUUACGGAUGUACACUUUUGUGAAUCUUUGUUUUUUUUUUGCUCGAAAAAGAUUACCGCGAGACCUUUGUGGUCACCACAUCACAUGGAGGCUUGUUACAGUGGAAGAGGGAGGUAGACCUUGUUUUGGGUGGAUACCAUUUUAGCACUGGAUUUGUCCCCAUUUUUAGAUUAAGGAAUGCAUUUAUUAUGGCCUCUUACGAAGCA